ACACAACAAGUUCUUAUCUUCAGGGAACCAUGACUGCAUUAGGGUGUUACUGCUGAAGAAUUAAGAGUCAAAAUUGGGUGUUUCCCUCCACCACAAGUACAGAGUUUGUGGAUCAAGAUCUGUCUGUUGUUAGCUGAGGAAACCCAGCAGCUGCAGAGGUUCCAGUUCACAUUAACCUGCCUUUUUUCUGGGAGUAAUUCAAGGGAUCAUUAGAAGACUGCUUAUAAGUGAGGGUUUGGACCUUUUCUUGCUGUUUCUUUUGUCUCACAGGAAGUAAUCGAGGGAGCAGUGGCUCAGUGAAACACCCCUCCACCGUUCCAACACUACUGAGGAAGCAGACGAGAGCGGAGAAAAGCAGGAGUCAAAAGACGCCUGAGGAAGAGGCAGCUGAUCCCACAAAAGAGAGGAAGUCUUCCAAGAAAUAAAGAAGGAAUCUGUGAACUGUACAGCCACAACACACAGCCACUAUCAGUGAGUGAAGAGGCUGAGGAUCACUUCUCCACAAAAAUGGCACAACGGACGUUUCCUGAAAGUGGGCAAGACGGACGUUCAGUCCUGGGGAUGUUGUCAGUGCAGGUCGAGAGAGACCCAAAGACAGGGGCCACCGUCGUCCGCUCCGUGGCCCCCCUGUCCUCCCCAUCCGGAGCCACUACCACCGUGUUCGACGACGGGAGGAAGAGCAUCCACGCUGUCGGCGGAUCCGGAAGUCAGCCCUCGUCCGAAGAGCUCGGGCAGAUCUUGAGUGUCGUGGACGGAGUCGGGAUGAGAGUGCUGCUGGACGAAGUCACGGUCACACCGGACGAGGUAAAGACGGAGAGUGAAGACGCCGUCAAAGCACCGAAGGGAAAACUGUUGUCUGUUUUUAGCCGUCAAAACGAGGACGAAACGCUGCUGGACGCCUCGAGAAGCUACGAAUCUGAUCUGAAGACACAGGAAUGUUCUGGAAGCAAAAGGCUGGUGCAAGACAUCCCCGGUGAGGUCAAUAACGUGGAGGAUCUAAGUCUUGAGGAAGGCCCGGUUACUCUGGUGUUUAUGGGAUACUCUGACCAAGGCCAAGAGGACGACGAAGGUCCGAUCACCGUGGAGAGAGUGAUGAUCACCGAGGAGGGGGAGGAAACCGUCAUAGGACCCCAAACACCCCCAAAAGAGUCCAAAGAGUUUCAGGACAUUCUCCUGGAAGGAAACGGAGCUAAAGUCCAAGGAGAGGAAGCCGACAAGGGGCUGCAUAAUUCAUCUUCCCCCAGUGAAGCAGAAGGUGGAGGCACUCCCAAGCGUAAGAGCUGUCAGUGCUGCUCCGUCAUGUGAGGGGGGGAUGAUUGAAGAGAGAGACUCACCUCAUCAGCCUUAAUCGUAUCAUUUGUCAUAAUCGUGACUUCCAUUACACUCUACAUGCUGCCUAAAUGACUGAUAUGAGAGAGUCGACCACCACCUGGUGUAGUCUGACGAUGGUGUUCGGCUCCCAUCACUUUACUUCACUUUGCCAAAGACAUCCAUCAUGUUGUAGCAGCAGCUCUGAGGGACUUUUGAAAUCCACUUCCUCCCUCUGGUGGACAGAUCAGAGAACUACAACAGGACGUUUUCUCAUUUGAAAUAUCUCGGGGACUUUUUCGUGCCUUAUUUUCAGACAAAAUAUAACAUAUUUGCUCUAGAAAUGGAAAAAUCCAAAGCAGAAGAAAUGUAUUUUGCUUUAAACAUGGUGUGGAUGUUAAUGGAUGUUAAUGGAUGUUAAUUUGCAAAUGAGAAACAUUGGUGAAACACUCUGAAUCUUUUUCAACUGUACCUUCCUCUCACCCACUACUCAGGGCUACAGUUUCCUCGUAGGACACAAACCAGGAGGGAAUUACAUAAUCAAUUAACUCUGUUGUGGAUGUAGUUUUGUGUCAAAAUCCUAUAAUAUGUCAUCAUUUCUGGAGGAAAUACUACUUUUCUUUAAGAAAUAGAACUUCCACAAAGUAAAACCUUUCCACAGAAGGUACUGCACAUUUAAAUUAGACCAUUUUAGACUUCAAAGGUUAUCAUAAUGAUCGGAUUUGUUAUUUCUCCUGCAGAAUACAAUGAUUUGCGUUGGAGGAAAGGUUUUGAAAUGUCCUUUAUGCAAUGGUAUAGUUAGAUCAAAUUUGCCAAAUGUAAGAAGAUGUUUUUUAAAGAUGUUGUGGCGUGGUCAUGUCACGGAUGGAAAGCAGCGUACAAAGGACCCAAAUGCAGAAGACCAUUCCUGGAAAUCAAAGUCCUUUAUUGGCGGAGCUGGGCCAGGCGUAAAACCAGGAAAACCAUUAACUCUCUUCCUGAAAACGACAUCAAGACUCUGACACCGAAUGACAGAAAAAAGUGAACUUAAAUGCACAGGUGACACAGGUGGGGAGGGACGAGAAUCACAGGAUCACCAGGUGAACACAAACAAACAGGAGGGAAACCGAGACAGGAAGUGACAGCAGACAUAACACGGGGAACGCUUUUCAAAAUAAAACGUGAAAGCACAGACAGAUCGUGACAGGUCGGACCUUUACUGAUCGCUGGGGGGGUUUCAUGCCCAUUUUACAUCUUAAGUCCAACUUUAGUUACUUUAUCAAGGAUCAGUUACUCAGGUACUUUACUUAAGUACACAUUUAAGGUACUACACUUGAGUUUUUCAAUUGUAUGCAUGCUUUUAACACUUCCACUCCGUCACCUAUCAUAGGUAAAUAUGCUUCCUAAUGCAUUUUGAAAGUGUGCACAGCAGCCGUUAUCCUAUCUCUGCCCAGAUAUUGGAUAAUGAAAUCAUGUAACUGCAUGUACAAUGCCACUAAAGUAUUUAAUAAUCUAUAAAAACCUUCAUUGCAACAGCGUAGAAAAUGCUCCUUGAAAGGAUGAUGGAAUAAACAGGUUAAGCUUAUUAAGGCGCAUCAAUAU